GUUUCGUAUGUUACACCGUGGCGUGUGCACGGUGGAGCAUCAACGCGCUCCGUUACAUCCUCUCUUCGAGGCAACGCGACGCGACGCUUUUUUCUCUCCUUGGAUCCUACGUGCGAUUCGAUUUUCCUCCGGUGAUUCCUCCGAGAGAGACAGACAGUGACCCGACGAUGAUGGAAGAACGCGCUAGUCUUGUUCCGAGCAGCUCGUGAAUCCGAGAACGAGAGUAAUUUCUCGUGAGCGCGAAACGAAAGUAGCCGAGGACUAGACCAGAGUCGAAUUCGCGCUCGCGAUUGAUAAUGUCAAAACGAGCACGAUAAUCGAAGCCGAAUUCUCUCUCUCUCGUGUAUCUUUUUCCAUUUGGAUAUCGCAGGUGCGCAGGUGUGCCUCUGUCACAGGAAUCGCGGAAAAUAAUGGGCGUCAACACAAUCGGGGACAUUGGGGGUGGCUUGAGUAAGCCGAAUCCCCCGAAACCGGAAUUUCUCAGACACGACCGGAAAUUGCCCGAAAACAUGGAGCGUGGAUUACACGAACGCGAUCGAGUCGGCGUUCAGGACUUUGUCCUGCUGGAGGAUUUCCGCAGCGAAUCCGCGUUCAUCGACAAUCUGCGCAAGCGAUUCAAGGAGGAUCUCAUUUACACGUACAUCGGCCAGGUGCUGGUAUCGGUGAAUCCAUACAAGAAACUCCCCAUUUAUACUCCGGAAACUAUUCAGUACUAUCACAGAAGAAACUUUUUCGAAGCGCCUCCUCAUAUUUUUGCUCUCGCAGAUACUGCUUAUCAAUCCCUGGCAAAGGAAAAUCGUGAUCAGUGCAUCUUGAUUUCAGGCGAAUCGGGAUCUGGAAAGACGGAGGCGUCCAAGAAAGUCUUGCAAUUUAUUGCAGCUGCUACGGGGCAUAAAAAGCAGGUGGAAGCGGUAAACGAUAAAUUAAUCGGCAGCAACCCCGUGCUGGAGGCUUUUGGUAACGCAAAGACCAAUCGCAAUGACAAUUCAUCUCGUUUCGGAAAAUAUAUGGAUAUUCAGUUCAAUUUUCAGGGAGAUCCGGUUGGUGGAAAUAUUCUAAAUUAUUUAUUGGAGAAGUCUCGCGUGAUCCAUCAAUUUGCAGGCGAGCGUAAUUUUCACAUCUUUUACCAACUUUUAGCAGGCGCGAAUGACGAUACGUUGAGGAAACUGUUCUUGAAAAGAAACCUCGACACUUUCUUCUAUCUGAGUAGCGGUACGAAAGGUACAGUGGAUACCAUCGACGAUGCCAAUCAGUACAAGGAAGUCAUCCAGGCGAUGAAGACUAUGGAAAUGUCUCAGAAAGAGCAGGAUGAUCUAUUUGCCAUAGUUGCGUCGGUGUUGCAUAUGGGCAAUGUGGGUUUCACAGAGGAAGACGGUGUGGCGACAAUUUUGAAACCUGCAUCCGUCGAUGCCAUUGCAACGCUGUUAGGAUGCAGUGUGAACGUGUUGGCAAAGGCGUUCACUCAUCGUACCAUAGACGCACACGGUGACGUAGUGGUUUCACCCUUGAAUAGAGAAUUAGCCAUUUAUGCGAGAGACGCACUGGCGAAGGCCGUGUACGACAGAUUAUUCACCUGGCUCGUGACUAGACUCAACAAGUCGUUACAGCCUCAGACAAAUCCACAGCGUAAAAUGGUCAUGGGUAUUUUGGAUAUUUAUGGUUUCGAAAUUUUCCAGAAGAACAGUUUCGAGCAAUUUUGCAUUAAUUUCUGCAACGAAAAAUUACAACAAUUAUUCAUCCAGCUGACACUAAAAUCAGAACAGGAGGAGUAUUUGCGCGAAGGGAUUGCUUGGGAGAACAUAGAAUAUUUCAAUAAUAAAAUUAUUUGCGAUUUAAUCGAAGAGAAAUAUAAAGGAAUAAUAUCUUUAAUGGACGAGGAAUGUCUACGUCCUGGAGAACCGACAGAUAUGAGUUUCUUGGAGAAGUUGAAUGUAAAUUUAAACAAUCAUCCUCAUUACAUCAGUCACCAGAAAGCAGACAUACGAACGCAGAAAACUAUGGGUCGAGACGAAUUCCAAUUGGUACAUUACGCUGGUGACGUAACAUAUAAUGUACGUGGAUUUCUUGAAAAAAAUAAUGAUCUACUAUUCCGAGACUUACGUGAAGUUAUGUCGAAUACGACGAAUUCUAUCACAAAGGCUGUAUUUGACGUGAAAGAUUUAACUAGUAAGAAACGUCCGGAAACCGCUGUAACUCAAUUUAAAAAUAGUUUAAAUAACUUGGUUGAAAUCCUUAUGGGCAAAGAGCCAUCUUAUAUUCGCUGCAUCAAACCCAACGAUUUUAAAUUGCCCAAUCAGUUUAACGAAAAGAUCGUGCUGCAUCAAGUGAAGUACUUGGGACUGAUGGAAAAUUUGCGAGUGAGACGCGCCGGUUUCGCAUACCGAAGACCGUAUGAGCAAUUUUUGCAGCGUUACAAAUGCCUCUGUUCAGAAACUUGGCCAAAUUAUCAUGGCACAGCCAAGGAAGGUGUGCAGGUCCUUGUAUGUACUCUCGGUUAUGAGCGCGACGAAUACAGGAUGGGCAACACAAAGAUAUUCAUUCGAUUUCCUAAAACAUUAUUUAACACGGAGGACGCGUUCCAAUUAAAAAAACACGAAAUAGCCGCCAUUAUUCAGAGCAGAUGGAAGGGAAUAUUAGUGAGAAGAGAAUACUUAAAGAUGCGAGAAGCGGCAAUUAUUUUCCAGAAAUAUAUUCGCAGAUGGCUCGCCAAACGCGAAGCGAAAAAGCGACGACGAGCGGUUAUUAUUAUUCGCAGAUUUAUCGAAGGUUUCAUCACCCGAGAUGGACCACCUACGGAAAUUAAUAAGGCAUUUAUCGAAUUAGCGAAAUCGCAAUGGCUUCUUAGACUCUCGAAAAUGCUACCACCAGGCGUCUUAAAUAACUAUUGGCCACUAUGCCCGUAUUCAUGCCGAGAGGCAUCAGAACAUUUGCGCGUGAUGUAUAAGCGAUGGAAAGCGCGUUGUUACCGGUUGGCGUUGAGUCAAGAGGAUAAGGAGCAUUUCGAAUUGAAGAUUCUCGCGGAGUCUGUGUUCAAGGGUAAAAAGAAAUCCUACGCGAGAAGUCUAGGUCCAAGAUUCCUAAACGAUCGUCUUGGUGCGGAGCACAAAGCACUACGACAGAGCUUUAUCAAUAAUAAUCUGCCUUCCGGAGAAAAUAUGAAGUACGCAACUCCCGUCAUCAAAUACGAUCGGCACGGUUAUAAGCCGCGGGAGAGAGUGCUGAUUUUAACAGAGAACGCAGUGUACAUCCUUGACACGCUUAAAACCUUUAAACUUAAACAUCGUCUACCUUACAAAGCUAUUAAGGAACUAGUCGUCACCGGGGAAUCCGAUAAUUUACUCAUCGUUAGGAUACCGCCCGAAUUGAAAAAGGAUAAGGGCGAUCUGAUCUUGGAAGUUCCACACAUAAUAGAAGCUUUAACAAAAGCAAUUAAAAUUACUGGUAAUAUAAAUAUUCUCAAAAUCGUGAAUACUGAAUCCGUGUCCCAUAAACUAGUCAGUGGUAAAGAAGGAGUCAUCGAAGUUAGAACUGGUACCACUCCAGCAAUCACUAAGAAUCCACAGAGUGGGCACUUAUUGGUGGUUGCUUCUCUGUAAAAAUACCUUGAAAAAAAAAUCUUUUUCGAGGACUGAAAGAACCGAGUGCUAUGAUGCUUACAGUGGCCUUAAUACAUUGUGAUUUAGAGAAUAUGCGACAAAGUAUUUUAGGAAGAAUACUAAUAUAUAAUACUUUAACUUAUAUUUCUUAACUUAACCUGGCAUUUGUGUACUUUUUAUUGCAAAAAAACGAUAAAAUGACAAUAAUGCAGUUACUUCC